UUGUAUAUCACAGUGCAACAGAAACAGUACGACGAUGAAGGCGGCCCUAGUGCUGAGCUGCGUGGUGCUACUUCUAGCGGUAGCCCACGCACGGGACCUCAGGGAGAAACGCGAUGCCGACCUCGAGCCCGCCGCGUCACAUCAUCAUGAAAAAGGUGGUGGUAAGGAACACCACGCCCAUCACCAUCACGAACACGGCGGCAAGGGCCAUAAAGGAUACAAGGGGCACCACCAUCAUGAACAUGGAAAAAAAGGCCACCACCAUCACGAAGGACACAAGGGACACCAUGACGAACACGGCGGACACAAGAAACACCACCAUCACGACGAGGGCCAUCACCACGAACAUCACCAUGGCGAAAAGGGUGAAAAGGGACAUGGAUAUGAAGAAAAAGGCCAUUAUCAUAAAGGACAUUCCACAAAAGGACAUCACGGCGUUCAUAAAGUAGACGAGUUUAAAAAGGACAAACACUUCCAUGACAAACACGGUGAAUCCGGUUACGAAGAAGGCCACGGUGGUCAUCACCACGAACAUGGGCACAAGAAAGGUGGCCACUUCCAUAAAGGACACAAACAUGGUGGCCACCAUGAACACCACCACGGAAAGAAAGGUCAUCAUGAAAAAGGAGGACACCACCACGAGCACAAAGGCCACCACGAUGAGGGCAGCCACCAUGAACACCACCACCACCACCAUGAUCAUGGGAAAAAAGGAGGCCACGAGGAUCAUAAACACUGGGGAUGGAAGAAAGGACAUUAG